GAGGUUCCCGCGUUUGGACCUAUAAGGAGGCGGAGGACGGGCUGGCCCGGGGGGCGCGCGGGAAGGGAGCUGGGAAGUCGGUAGUGGCCGCUGAGACCCGUUGCUGGGACCCGGAGGCGGGCCGGGUGAUCGUCCCCGUCCGGUUGCAGAGGAGGCUGGAGUUCAGGGCUAGGACACCAUGAAGUGCCUGGUGGCCGGCGGCAACGUGAAGGUGCUGGGCAAGGCUGUCCACUCGCUAUCUCGAAUCGGGGACGAGCUCUACUUGGAACCCUUGAAGGACGGGCUCUCCCUACGGACUGUAAACUCUUCCCGCUCUGCCUAUGCCUGCUUCCUCUUUGCACCGCUCUUCUUCCAGCAGUACCAGCCAGCCCCUCCUGGUCAGGAUCCAUCACGGUGUAAGAUCCUGAUGAAGUCCUUCCUGUCAGUCUUCCGCUCUCUGGCAAUGCUGGAGAAGAGUGUGGAAAAGUGCUGCAUCUCCUUGAACAGCAACAACAGCCGCCUGGUGAUCCAGCUCCACUGCAAGUAUGGCGUGAAGAAGACACACAACCUGUCCUUCCAGGACUCUGAAUUCCUGCAGGCUGUCUUCAAUCCAGCAUUGUGUCCCCACUUGCUCUGCGCCCCAGCACGGGUGCUGGGGGAGGCUAUUCUGCCCUUCCCCCCUGCACUGACAGAAGUGACACUGGGCAUUGGCCAUGGCCGACGGAUCAUCCUGCGCAGCUACCAGGAAGAGGAGACAGACAGCACCAGCAAGGCUAUGGUGACUGAGAUGAGCCUUGGAGAGGAGGAUUUCCAGCAGCUUCGGGCACCAGAAGGGGUGGCCAUCACUUUCUGCCUCAAGGAAUUCCGGGGGCUCCUGAGCUUUGCAGAGUCAGCGAACUUGCCUCUUACCAUUCACUUUGAUGCUCCAGGCAGGCCAGCCAUCUUUACCAUUGAGGAUUCUCUGCUGGAGGGCCACUUUGUCUUGGCUACACUCAUGGAGCUGGAUGCACGCUCGCAGGACCUCCACCAGCCAGUGCCUCAGAAGCAGGCUCACAGCACACCCCACUUAGAUGACUUUGCCAAUGAUGACAUCGACUCUUACAUGAUUGCCAUGGAAACCACCGUGGGCAGUGAGGGCUCAUGGGCACAGCCCUCCAUUUCCCUCCCACCUGGCCCCCAGCCCUCCCAUGACCCUGGCCCCCUCUCAGAGGAGGAAGAAGAAGCUGAGGCUAGUACAGUGCCUGGGACUCCCCCACCCAAGAAGUUCCGCUCUCUGUUCUUUGGCUCCAUCCUGGCCCCCAUACACUCCCCCCAGGGUCCUAGCCCUGUGCUGGCUGAAGACAGUGAUGGUGAAGGCUGAACAGAGAACAUGAAGUCUAUGUCCAAAGGCCACAGCCCAGAAGCAGGUCCAGCCAGCAGCAGGGCUGGGUCUCAGUCCCUAGGAGUGAGGGGCUGUGCUUGCCCCCGCCCCCACAGGCCCCGCCAGCUGCCAAACUGACCAUGCUUGGGCUGGUCUUCUGCCUCCUUCAACCUGCAAGCAAUCAUGUCUCGUUCCCUGCCUGAUGCCCAGCUGCCACCUGACAGGUUCCUCACCUUAUUUACUGUAGAGCCUUAGGCCAAGACUCCAGCCAUCUGGCCAGGGCUUGAAGCCUGCCUUCCUCCAGGCUUACCUUCCAAAAAAAUUAUAGCACUGCUGACUACCUUCUGCCAAACCUGGAACCCCUUGUGACUGGCAAAGACAGUUUCUCUUGCUUUCCCAAUGCUUGGGCCCCAGCUUGGAAUCCUAAUCGCUUCUGGACCUGAGUGUGCAGCUGGGCCUGUGCCCAACAGACACGUCUGCCCUCCCACAUGGCUUUGUACCAAAGGGCUGCUGGCCCACUGUCUGGGACAAUCUGGGACAAGGGAGACAGAGGCCAUGGCGAGAAUCCAGCUUUGACCUUUAUUCAAGAGACCAGAUGGGUUGCCCCAGGAUCCGGCUGCCAGCCCUGCGGCCACGCAAGGCCAGAGACCCAUAAUCUGGUCUGCCAUUGCCCUGAGCUGCAGCCUUGGCCCCAGGAUCCCACUUGCAGCCACGGCAGGUGCUGGUGGGAGGGAGCCCUGGGGAUUAGAUGCUGCUAUUGAUUCAUUAAAAAAAGAAAGGAAAAGA